AUGGAGACGAAGACGACUCCGCUCCUGACUCCAUACAAGAUGGGCGACUUCAACCUGGCGCACAGGGUUGUUCUCGCGCCGCUGACGCGGUGCAGGUCGUACGGGAACCUCGCCCAGCCGCACAACGCGCUGUACUACGCGCAGAGGGCGGCGCCGGGCGUGCUCCUCGUCGCCGAGGCCUGCGCCGUCUCCGAGGCCGCGCGGGGCUACCCGCACGUCCCCGGCCUGUGGAGCCAGGAGCAGGUGGAGGCGUGGAAGCCGGUGGUCGACGCCGUGCACGGCAAGGGCGCCGUCUUCUUCUGCCAGCUAUGGCACACGGGCCGCGUUUCGCCCACCGAGUUCCAGCCUAAUGGGCAAGCUCCGGUGUCGAGCACGGAUAAGCAGGUGCCGCCUCAGGUCGCCCAUGACGGCAGUGUCCUGGAGUUCGCGCCCCCUCGAAGGUUGGCGACGGAGGAGAUACCCCACAUCGUCAACGACUUCCGGGUCGCCGCUAGGAACGCCAUGCGAGCCGGGUUCGACGGCGUGGAGAUCCACGCCGGCAACGGGUACCUGAUCGACCAGUUCAUGAAGGACGGCGUCAACGACCGGACCGACGAGUACGGCGGCGGCCUAGAGAACCGCUGCCGCUUCGCCGCGGAGGUCAUCGCGGCCGUGUGCCACGAGGCCGGCGCGGGCCGCGUUGGCGUGCGCCUCUCCCCGUUCGCCGACUACGUCGACUGCGUGGACUCCGACCCGGAGGCGCUCGCGCUGCACGUGAUCGGCGUCAUGAACGGGCUCGGCGUCCUCUACUGCCACAUGAUCGAGCCGCGGAUGUGCGUCAACGAGCGGAUGAUCCCGCGCCGCCUGCUGCCGUUCAGGAGGGCGUUCAGCGGCACCUUCAUGGUGAACGGGGCGUACGACCGGGAGGAAGGGGACAAGGCCGUCGCCGAUGGCUACGCCGAUCUUGUGGCGUACGGGCGGCUCUUCCUGGCCAACCCCGACUUGCCGGAGAGGUUCAAAAGGAACGCCGCUCUGAAUAAGUAUGACAGGAGCACGUUCUACACAUCCGACCCUGUUGUUGGCUACACCGAUUACCCUUUUCUUGAUCAGGAGGAUUAG